AUAGUAGUCGUCAAUUUCAAAGAAGUACUCCAAAGUAAGUCUAAGUCUUCUCUCUUCCACCAUCCAAAAUGCUUACGCACAAGUCUCUCUUCUCCCACACCACCCAAUGGCCUACACUAAUGCCAUCUCCGUCAACCUUUCUCGCCUCUCGCCUCCAUCGACCGGCCAAGAUCUCGGCCGUGGCAGCACCAGUGAGGCCGGCUCUAAGACACCAAAACAAAAUCCACACCAUGCCACCGGAGAAAAUGGAGAUUUUCAAAUCUUUAGAUGGAUGGGCCAAGGAUCAAAUCUUGCCUCUUCUCAAACCGGUUGACCAAUGUUGGCAACCCGCUUCUUUCUUACCCGACCCGGCCUUACCCUUCUCCGAGUUCACCGACCAGGUGCGUGAGCUGAGGGAAAGAACGGCCUCAUUGCCUGACGAAUACUUCGUGGUGUUGGUUGGAGAUAUGAUAACGGAGGACGCGUUGCCUACUUACCAGACGAUGAUCAACACGCUUGACGGCGUAAGGGACGAGACUGGCGCGAGUGAGAGCGCGUGGGCCAUGUGGACACGCGCGUGGACGGCUGAGGAGAACCGUCAUGGUGAUUUGUUGCGGACUUACUUGUACUUAUCUGGUCGGGUAGAUAUGCUUAUGGUUGAACGUACCGUCCAGUAUCUCAUCGGCUCGGGCAUGGAUCCAGGAACGGAAAACAAUCCAUACUUAGGUUUCGUGUACACGUCAUUCCAAGAGCGAGCCACCUUCGUGUCUCACGGCAACACCGCACGGCUAGCCAAGUCUGCCGGAGAUCCCGUCCUGGCUCGAAUCUGCGGCACCAUUGCAGCUGACGAGAAGCGCCAUGAAAACGCUUACGUACGCAUCGUUGAAAAGCUCCUCGAGAUCGACCCUAACGGUGCAGUCUCAGCCGUCGCCGACAUGAUGCGGAAGAAGAUCACAAUGCCGGCUCAUCUAAUGACAGACGGUCGAGACCCGAUGCUUUUCGAACAUUUCUCCGCCGUGGCUCAACGGCUAGGAGUUUACACGGCGGAUGAUUACGCUGACAUCUUGGAGUUUUUGGUUGGACGGUGGAGAUUGGAGAAGCUAGAGGGAUUGACGGGUGAGGGUCAACGUGCACAGGAGUUUGUGUGUGGGUUAGCUCAGAGGAUUAGACGCCUUCAAGAGCGAGUUGACGAGAGAGCUAAGAAGCUUAAGAAGACCCAUGAGGUUUGCUUUAGCUGGAUCUUUAACAAGCAGAUUAGUGUUUAAGAACCUUGAAAAUAGAAACUUUUCCUUUUUCCGUUUCUGUUUUUUUGUAAUGCAUAUCUUUUGUCCUACACUUCUACUUUGUCAGGCAAAUUGUAGUUCAGUUUCUAUAUAUGUAAACGUGUUUUUGACUAAUGGUGGUUCGAAUUAAAGAUGUUUUUUGAUU